ACAAUAACAUUCGAUCAGCACAGUCGACCGGCAAACAUGAAGUUGUUAGUAGCAGUGGCAGUUCUGUGCCUAGCGGUGGCUUACGCCAGGGAACUAGGAGAGGAGGAGAAGGAUCUCGUAGCUGCGGCAAGUGGGAAGAGCAGUAAACACGAAGAGGGUGGCGGUCAUGAACAUCAUGCUCAUCACCAUCACGAGCACGGAGAGAAGGGACACAAGGGUCACAAAGGACAUCAUCAUCACCACAAAGGUGAACAUGGAGACCAUGGAAAACACCACCAUGCAGAGCAUCAUCACGAACAUGGCGGCCAUCACAAGAAGCACCAUGACGAACAUGAUCACCAUGGUCAUCAUCAUGAACAUGGACACCACCAUAAAGGAGGCAAACAUGGCCACAAGAAGCACCACGACAAGGGUGAGAAGACCGAAGGCUACCACAAGAAAUACCACAAGGAUGAGUUCCACAAAGACCACCACUUCUACGACGACCAUCACAAGGAAGGCAAACACCACAAACACGGUAAGCAUCAUGGGCAUCACGAACACAAAGGAGGACACCACAAGAAGGGAGGUCACCACGACCAUGGACACCAUGAGCAUCACCAUGGCAAGAAAGGUCAUCACGACAAGCACCACUACGACGAAGACCACAAAGGACACAAGGGUCAUCACGGCCAUGAGGAGCAUCAUCAUCAUCAUCAUGAUCAUGGCAAGAAGGGCGGUCAUCAUGACCACAAAGACUGGGGUUUCCAUCACGGAAAACAUUGAGUGGCCAAAAACAUUAAACUGUGAUAUUAUUUAUA